CUCGGCGGAGUCCGGAUGGAGGACUCGGACUCGGCCGCAAAGCAGCUGGGCCUGGCCGAAGCAGCGGCGGUAGCGGCCGCGGCCGCUGUGGCGGCGGCGGCCGCGGCGGCGGCGGCGGCCGCGGCCGCAGCAGGGGACGAGGCCGAGGAGCCGGUGCUGAGCAGAGACGAGGACUCAGAGGAAGACGCAGACUCGGAGGCGGAGCGCGAGGCGCGGCGGGUCACGGCCGUGGCGGUGAUGGCGGCGGAGCCCGCGCACAUGGACAUGGGCGCCGAGGCCCUACCAGGGCCCGACGAGGCCGCAGCCGCCGCCGCCUUCGCAGAAGUUACCACGGUGACAGUAGCCAACGUGGGCGCCUCUGCAGACAAUGUCUUCACAACCUCGGUGGCAAACGCUGCGUCCAUCUCAGGACACGUCCUGUCCGGCAGGACCGCACUACAGAUCGGGGACAGCCUGAACACCGAGAAGGCCACACUGAUUGUCGUCCACACAGAUGGGAGCAUCGUGGAGACCACUGGGCUGAAGGGUCCAGCAGCUCCUCUCACCCCAGGCUCUCAGUCUCCUCCAACCCCACUGGCUCCCGGCCAGGAAAAAGGAGCUACCAAGUACAACUGGGACCCGUCAGUGUACGACAGCGAGCUGCCCGUGCGCUGUAGGAACAUCAGUGGCACACUUUACAAGAGCAGGCUGGGCUCAGGGGGCCGGGGGCGCUGCAUUAAGCAGGGGGAAAACUGGUACAGCCCGACGGAGUUUGAGGCCAUGGCAGGAAGAGCCAGUAGCAAGGACUGGAAGAGAAGCAUCCGCUAUGCGGGCCGGCCGCUUCAGUGCCUCAUCCAGGAUGGGAUCUUGAAUCCCCAUGCAGCCUCUUGCACCUGUGCAGCCUGCUGUGAUGACAUGACCCUGAGCGGCCCCAUCCGGCUCUUCGUGCCCUACAAGAGGCGAAAGAAGGAGAACGAGCUGCCCACGACGCCCCUGAAGAAGGACUGUCCGAAGAACAUCGCGCUGCUCCCGGCCGCCACUGCCACCACCUUCACCGUGACGCCCUCGGGGCAGAUCACCACGUCUGGGGCCCUGACCUUUGACCGUGCGUCCACUGUGGAAGCCACUGCCGUAAUCUCGGAGAGCCCAGCCCAGGGCGACGUCUUCACAGGAGCCACAGUGCAGGAGGCCAGCGUGCAGCCCCCGUGCCGCGUUGGCCACCCUGAGCCCCACUACCCCGGCUAUCAGGACAGCUGCCAGAUUGCACCCUUUCCUGAGGCCGCAUUGCCGACGUCACACCCCAAGAUAGUGCUCACAUCCCUGCCCGCCCUGGCCAUCCCACCCUCCACUCCCACCAAGCCUGUCUCCCCGGCAUCUCUCAGUGGGCUGGAGAUGGCAGAGCCGCGGAGCUGGCUCUACCUGGAAGAGAUGGUCAAUAAUUUGCUUAACACGACGCAGCAGCUGAAGACGCUGUUUGAACAGGCCAAGCAGGCCAGCACCUGCCGAGAGGCCGCCGCCCAGGCCAGGACGCAGGCUGACGCAGAGCGGAAGGAGCAGUCGUGUGUGAACUGCGGCCGGGAGGCCCUGAGCGAGUGCACCGGCUGCCACAAGGUCAACUACUGCUCCACGUUCUGCCAGCGCAAGGACUGGAAAGACCAUCAGCACAUAUGUGGCCAGUCGGCAGCUGUCACUGUCCAAGCUGACGAAGUGCACGUCACCGACAGCGUGAUUGAGAAGGUCACCGUGUGAGCUGAGCACUUCCCCGCCUCCCAGAAGGCCGAAGACCCUGCAGACGGGGACGUGGAGGAGACAAGGGGCAGGAAGCAGCUAGUGGACAGGUUCCCACAGACUGCAGCCCAGCGGCACCCUGGACAGGCGCUCCCCACCCAGCAGGCCCAGGAGGGCUGACAGCAGGGGACAGCCCAGGUCCGUACCCUCACGGUGCUCUCACCGGGACCGCGAGUGUGCACUCGCCCACGGUGUCCCGGAGCUGCGACACGUGUACACGCGUGUCAUGUCGUGUCGUGUCUGUCAGCAAAGCAGUAAAUAAAGCCCCGACCCACGCAU